AUGACAAAUUUAGUGGAUAUCAAAUCCCAUCUAUCAAAUGAUCCAAUCGAUCACUAUAUCAUGGAUCAUACUUUUCGGCCAACAGCUGAACAAAACGAAUUGAUCGAAUAUACUCGAUCUUUACCAGAAAAAUUCGCACUGAUGAUCGGCUCGGCUGAUGCUGCUCAAUUCUUUCAAAUGUUAAUUCGAGUUAGUCAUUUCAAGCGUUGUAUUGAAGUCGGCACACUUUCAGGUUACACAUCCAUGAGCAUGGCGUUAGCGGUUCCUGAUGAUGGGCUAGUAGUUACCUUAGAUAUUGAUGAUAAAUAUGUUCGACGUGAUAUAUGGGAAAAGGCUGGUGUUGCAAAGAAAUUGGAUUUACGGAUCAAGCCCGCAUUAGAUACGUUGAAUGAGUUAUUAGAACAGUAUGGAGAAAAUAGCUUCGAUUUUAUUUUUAUUGAUGGUGAUAAGCCGAAUUAUGUUAACUAUUAUGAUUUAUGUCUUCGUCUAGUACGUCCUAAUGGUCUCAUUGCAAUAGAUAAUACAAUUUAUACAGGUUUUGUCGCUGAUCCAAGCAAAAAUGAUAUCAAUACAAUAACCAUUCGACAGUUGAAUGAUAAAAUCAAACUCGAUCAAACAGUGGAUGUGUGCCAAUUACGUCUUGGUGAUGGCACAACAUUCGUACGAAAGAAAUAG